CAGCUCCUGCACUUCGGGCUCUUCCUGGGCAUCUACCUGGCUGCCCUCCUGGGCAAUGGCCUCAUCCUCACCGCUGUAGCCUGCGACCACCGCCUCCACGCCCCCAUGUACUUCUUCCUCCUCAACCUCGCCCUCCUCGACCUGGGCUGCAUCUCCACCACUCUCCCCAAAGCCAUGGCCAAUUCCCUCUGGGACACCAGGGCUAUCUCCUACUCAGGAUGUGCUGCACAGGUCUUUGCAUUUGUCUUCUUGGUAUCAGCAGAGUAUUUUCUUCUCACUGUCAUGGCCUACGACCGCUACGUUGCCAUCUGCAGGCCCCUGCACUACGGGAGCCUCCUGGGCAGCAGAGCUUGUGCCCAGAUGGCAGCAGCUGCCUGGGGCAGUGGGGUUCUCCAUGCUGUGCUGCUCACUGCCAAUACAUUUUCCCUGCCCCUCUGCCAAGGCAAUGCUGUGGACCAGUUCUUCUGUGAAAUCCCCCAGAUCCUCAAGCUCUCCUGCUCUGACUCCUACCUCAGGGAAGUUGGGCUUCUCACAUUUAGUGGUUUUGUAUUUUGGGGGUGUUUUGUUUUCAUUGUUUUUUCCUAUGUGCAGAUCUUCAGGGCUGUGCUGAGGAUGCCCUCUGAGAAGGGACAGCACAAAGCCUUUUCUACGUGCCUCCCUCACCUGGCUGUGGUCUCCGUUUUUAUAAGCACUGCUGCAUUUGCCGGCUUCAAGUCCCCUUCCAUCUCCUCACCAUCUCUGGAUCUAGUGAUUACAGUUUUGUACUCGGUGAUGCCCCCAGCAGUGAACCCCCUCAUCUACAGCAUGAGGAACCAGGAGCUCAAGAAUUCCUUUUGGAAUGUCUUAUUACAGAUAUUUUUCAAAUAUUCUCUUCUCACCAUUAUGUUCUACGACUGCUAUGUUGCCAUCUGCAAGCCCCUGCACUACGCGACCCUCCUGGGCAGUAGAGCUUGUGCCCAGAUGGCAGCAGCUGCCUGGGGCAGUGGGGUUCUCUAUGCUCUGCUGCACACGCCUGUCGCUAUAUUUGAGGUCUACAUGGUGGUGGAUGGGCCAAGAGCGUUCUCUAACAGCAUGUUGUUGGCGUUGCUCUAUAUAGAGAAAAUGCCCCAAAGAAAAGGCCUGGAUAAUCACACUACUGAUCCUGGAUUUCUUCUUUUGGGAUUUUCUGACCACCCUUGCCUACCCAGCGUGUGCUUCACAGUCUUCCUGAUCAUCUACCUCAUGGUUCUCAUUGGGAACAGCCUGAUUGUGCUCAUCACAGUGAUGGACUCAAGCCUCCACAACCCCAUGUAUUUCUUCCUGAGAAACCUAUCCUUCCUGGAGAUCUGCUACACGUCCACUACUCUACCAAAAAUGCUGGUGGCUUUCCUGACAGGAGAUGGCAGGAUCUCCUUUCUUGGCUGUGCUGCCCAGCUGUAUUUCUUGAUCAUGCUGGGAAGCACUGAAUGCCUUCUCUUGGCUGCCAUGGCCUAUGACCGCUACGUAGCCAUAUGUGACCCCCUGCGCUACAGCCUCGUCAUGAAUGGGGGGUUCUGCAUCAGACUGGUAGUAGGGGCGUGGAUGGCCAUCGUGCCAGUACAAGUAGGACAGACCUAUCAGGUGUUCACCUUGCCCUUCUGUGCAUCCCGUGACCUUCAUCACUUCUUCUGCGAUGUCCCCCCUCUCUUGGAACUGGCCUGUGCAGACACUUUCUGCAACCACGUGACCCUGCACACUAUCAUCCUCGUAGUUGCUGUCCUUCCCUUUUCCAUGAUAGUUAUUUCUUACACUAAAAUUAUCAGGGCAAUUCUGAAAAUGCCUUCAGUUCCGAGCAGACACAAAGCCUUUUCCACCUGCUCUUCACACCUCGGGAUUGUGACUCUCUUUUAUGGCUCAGCCAUGCUUGUGUACUUUAAACGCCGGUCAAGGGACUCUGCAGACACUGACAAAUACCUUGCCCUGUUUUACACAAUUGUGACCCCCAUGUUUAACCCAGUCAUCUAUAGUCUGAGGAACAAGGAAGUUAGAAUCGCCCUGAGAAGACUCCUAUGGAGAAAGUGA